AUCAGGAAAAUCGCAGCACCUUUUAACAUCGCAGAAUUCCAUGCAUCCCUUUUACUGUUUGUAUUAUGUUUUUGGAAGGCAACUCUGAGUAGUGAGUGAGUGAGUCUUAAAAACUCUAAACUCACCACCUACCGCUGAUAACUCCACCCUUUCUUCUUAUAUCCCCACCCACUCACAAAGAUCUUUUUGUUUUUCCAUGACCCUUUACAAUUUUGCACAGGCAGGAGUUUUCUGGUUGCUUUUGGGUGUGGGUUUUUGAGAUGGAUUAGUUUUGGUGCCUGAAAGCUCUUUCCCAGCUUAGAUUCAGACACACUUUUGGCCCACAGUGAAAACCCACAAAGGGAUUUGAGUUUUACUGUUAUAUAUUUGAUUUUUUUAAUUAAUUUUAUUGAAAAGUGGGAUCUUUUAGGUUCCUUGAGAGGUUUUCUUGGUGUGUGUUUCUGGGUUUUCUGGUUUAUAGAUCUGGAAUUGUGCCUUGUUUUAGGAUAAAGAAUGCUGAAGGGGUUUCAAAGAUCUGGCUUUUCAAGAUUGCUCUUUUGAGCUCUUUCUCAGAGAGGCUUGUUGGUAGCUGAUAGAAUGGCUUCUGAUCUCCAAUCAGAAUUAUCCAAGAAAACUCCCAUUUUUAAUCUGAAAGUCUGGGAAGUAAUUGGAAUUGCUGUUGCACUGUUUAUCAUAGUCAUCCUCACUGUGCUAUCAAUGUGUCUUACUUGGCGUAAGAAAUCGAGGAAAGCUAGGGACAAGAUUCCCCUUAGUCAAAUCCCAACUGUCUCAAAAGAGAUUAAGGAAGUUCGGGUUGAGCAAGUAUCUGCUAGGGAGUUUGCUCCUCGUGAUGGAAUUCUUCUCACCAUUCAUGACAAAUCUAGUGACAAAGGAUCAGAUAAGAUCAUGGUCCAUCUGGAUAUGGGAAAAUCGAAGAAUGGAGAGAAUAGCAGCCAGUCAGGUUCAUUUAAUCAUUUAGAAAACGACGGUGUCCUGUCCCAAUCUGGAGAAGAGGGGAGUUCCAGCACCGUUACAGGACAUAAGCCUUCAUCAUCUUAUCCAAUAACCACCCCGUCUCCUCUAGUUGGCCUGCCUGAAUUCUCGCAUUUGGGUUGGGGACACUGGUUUACAUUAAGGGACCUUGAGCUUGCAACAAACCGGUUUGCAAAGGACAAUGUCCUUGGUGAAGGUGGAUAUGGAGUUGUUUACAGGGGACAUCUCAUCAAUGGGACUCCAGUGGCAGUUAAAAAGAUCCUAAACAACCUAGGCCAAGCAGAGAAAGAAUUCAGGGUGGAAGUUGAAGCAAUUGGCCAUGUGCGCCACAAGAAUUUAGUUCGCCUCCUGGGAUACUGCGUCGAAGGAACUCAUAGGAUUUUGGUCUAUGAGUACGUCAACAAUGGAAACUUGGAGCAGUGGCUUCACGGAGCAAUGCGUCACCAUGGAUAUCUCACUUGGGAAGCCCGCAUAAAGGUUCUCCUUGGGACCGCAAAAGCUCUUGCCUAUUUACAUGAGGCCAUUGAACCGAAAGUUAUACACCGAGACAUUAAAUCAAGCAAUAUAUUGAUUGAUGAAGACUUCAAUUCCAAGGUAUCUGAUUUUGGGCUGGCCAAGCUGCUGGGUGCAGGAACUAGUCAUGUGACAACGCGUGUUAUGGGAACUUUCGGGUAUGUGGCCCCUGAAUAUGCUAAUACCGGACUUUUGAAUGAAAAGAGCGAUGUAUAUAGCUUUGGGGUUUUGCUCUUAGAGGCAAUUACUGGAAGGGACCCUGUGGACUAUGGUCGCCCUGCUCAUGAGGUGAAUCUGGUUGAUUGGCUAAAAAUGAUGGUUGGAAGCAGAAGAUCCGAAGAAGUGGUAGACCCAAACAUUGAGGUGAGACCAUCAACAAGAGCCCUGAAACGAGCCCUCUUGACUGCUUUGAGGUGCGUUGAUCCAGAUUCUGAAAAAAGACCCAAGAUGAGCCAAGUUGUCCGUAUGCUUGAGUCCGAGGAAUAUCCUAUACCAAGAGAGGAUCGAAGGCACCGAAGAACUGAAGGAGAUAGCGCGGACAUUGAUUCCCAGCGCGAAAAUUCAGAUACUGAUCGCAGUGAUUAUCCGGGUUCAAGAUCAGAGAGCAAAGGCUACCAACGAACGUAAUAACCCAGUGAUUCGUUUAAGGAUCUCGGAAAUAUAGAAAGUGAGGUUAAUUCUUAAAUUUUUUUUUUUUCUACUCUUAAUUGUUGGGUUUGUCUGUCUGAGACUCUGAGCUGAUGCUAUUAGGACAUAUGUGGUAGAAGGGGUUGAUGGGGAAGAGGGAUGAUCUAUUCAUUUUUUUCCCCUCCUUUUUUUUUCCUUUGUUUUUGUUAUUUUUUUGUAGAUGGAGAAAUAUAUUGUUUGUGCAUGUAAGUGGUGGUGUUUGUGAAAAACCCAAAACAGUAGGGGGUUUAUGUACAGAGUGAUUUGCUCUUCAAAUUUGGUGGAUGAAAUUGCC